AUGACGGAACGUUUAGCUUCAUUAUUGAGUGUUUGGGGAUUCACUGAAUUUGUAGGAAGGAAAAUAACACGGUUAGAGCGUGAAUUUCGUCUAUGGGAUGGACAUAAUAAGGUCUUAACGAUCUCAACUUCCUGUUGUAUAGAAUCGGAGACUCGGUCGAAUUCGUCCGCCAGUUGGUUUGCUAAUUGUUGUCCUUCCUUUGCAAUAUUUGUGGAUUUCGGUAUUAUUCCACAAGACAAUGCUGGUGUUUGUGACACAUUUGCCUCUUUGAGUUCUACAAUGAUCGGUGUUAUCAAG